AUGGCAACUGAAAAUGAAAACAUAGAGAACCCCACCGAGGACCAGCUAGUUAAUGGCAAUGCUGGCCCUGCAACUUCAAUUGACGCUUUAAACACCGGAUUCUUCCAAAUCAGCGAUUGGGGCCAAUUUGACUCUUUGGUUACAGGCGGCAUCGGAAGCUUGGACGCCUUUGUCCUCGGUGAGCCUAAUGAGACCUGGGAAAAUAUCAACACUUCAGACUUCAACACCUGA